AUGCGGUUUACAUCAAUCCUCCUCUUCGCCAGCACGGCGCUCGCUGCCCUACCCUACAAAGGCGCAGACUGGUCCUCCCUUCUCAUUGAAGAAGCGGCGGGCAAAAAGUACAAAAAUGCCGCCGGCACCGUCCAACCGCUUGAGACCAUACUCAAGAACAGUGGCGUCAACACCGUACGUCAGCGCAUAUGGGUCAACCCCUCGGACGGAAACUACAACCUCGACUACAACAUCAAACUCGCCAAACGCGCAAAAGCAGCUGGUCUAGGCAUCUAUCUCGACUUCCACUACAGCGACAACUGGGCCGACCCAGGCAAACAAGUCGUACCCGCAGCGUGGAAAUCGCUAAACCGCGAAGCCCUUAUCAAGCAAGUGUACGACUACACCAAGAACGUGAUCAACACCUUCUCCACCAACGGCAUCGCCCUCAACCUCGUUAGUAUUGGCAAUGAAAUCACACCCGGCCUCUUGUUCCCCAUCGGCCAACUCUCCGGCACCGAUGGACCAAAGAACGUGGCCGCGCUGCUCAAAUCCGCGUCCAAAGCCAUCAAAGAAUCCUCCAUGAGCCCAAAGCCCAAGAUCAUGAUUCAUCUAGACAACGGCUGGAACUGGGAGACACAACAGUGGUGGUACGACACGGUGCUUGGAUCAGGCGGCGGAUUGUCAGCUGCAGACUACGAUGUUCAGGGCGUGUCCUACUAUCCAUUCUACAACAGUGCUGCUACGCUGUCUGCUCUCAGCACGAGUUUGAACAACAUGGCGAAGAAAUAUGCCAAGGAGGUCAUGGUUGUCGAGACCAACUGGCCGAGUUACUGUCCUAACCCGUCAAAUGCUUUCCCUGCGGAUGUGAAGAGCAUUCCUAUUAGUGCGGAUGGGCAGACCCAGUGGAUGAAGGAGGUUGCGAAGCGUGUGGCUGCUGUACCGAACGGCAAAGGUACUGGUCUGUUCUACUGGGAGCCAGCUUGGAUUGAGAACCCAGGACUGGGUAGCAGCUGUGGAUGGAACCUCAUGGUUGGAGAUGAUGGCAAGGUUAUGAGCAGCUUGGCUGUAUUUGGUAGCAUUUGA